AUGUCUCUAGGCACUGCUACAAGCGCAUUUCCUCCCGAGAACAGUGAGGAAGAUCAAAGAUCAGUGUUACGAUAUCCGUUAAUGCUUUGGGCCGAAUUUCCUUCGUUGCCAAGUGGUGAAUUAUUGACGUCGCUACUCCAUGAAUUUUAUCAUAAUUUCGCCCCUGCAACGCCGUUCUUUUUGUCUUGGGCACGACUUUCAGGAGAAGCGCCUCCCUAUCUUGUGGUGGCCAUGGCUCUGUUGGGGGCUGCUGUCGCUGAAGAGGUGCAUCUGUCGUCAUGGGUUGGGAAUCUUUGGCGUGCUAGCUGGUCUCUGGUGCUGGGGGCACUUGAAGUUGACAACUCACUUUCGAGAAAUGCUGAGUGGGUUCAAGCAGCUCUCUUACUCGUACUUUACGGCACACUUCAAGCAGAUUCGGCCACUUGGACGAGAGUCCAGGCAUGUGCCGGCUGGUGUGAUACUAUAACACAUAGGAUGCAUUUGAUGAAAGUGCCUUCAAAUCAGAACGGUCAACAAGAAAUCGCACACGGGGCUAAUAGUAAAGUCAUGACCGGUUUAUUGAAGACGUAUCUGCUUGUGGAUGUGCUUCGCGCCAUCCAUCUACACUCGAUACCUACAGUUCGCCUUUCUGAGGUUUCAUUGCAAUUGGAGAAUAAUGACGAUUUCCAAAGCAUAUACCAAUGGCUUCUGACCGGCAAGGGUUCCACGCCUGCAAGUCUGAGCCCUGACGACCAUGUAUUCUUGCUUUUCGCGCUGUUGGCUGAGAUCGUUUCAUUGCAACACAGCCUCACAGCUUUGGUGCGACCGGAUAUGUCAGCCAACCACAUUCCUCCUUCAAUAGGUAGCGUGCCAAGGUCAUCGGCAGAUGCUGAAUACUACAACCCCCUCCUUCCUCACUCUGCAUCGGCAGAGUAUAUACGAUGCAAGCAGAGACUCAGCAGAGCGCUCUCAAGAUGGCUCAGCUUAUCGAGCGUGCUUCCCGAACAUGGAGCGCGUGUCGCCGAAAUUGACAGACCUGUGACACCAGUCUAUCAUUUUUGCUGUAUGACCUUGGAGGCAGAUUCCAAAAUGUGGCUUUUGCCGGCUCUGGUGGGAUACGAACCAUUUACCAAUGACGAUUUUCCUUCGAGACUCAAAGAUGAUCCAUCGUCACGCCCCGCGCUCGUCGACCUUCACUUCAGCGAUGCGGCGUCCUCGAGCGCAUGGAAGAUUCUAGACCAAAUUGGAUUUGAUGUACAGACUGUGACUACUGUGGGCGACAUGGAACUGUCAGUUUCUCCAGUCUGGUCUGCGAUCAUCCUUUUCUACGCAGCCCUUGUCGUGUGGGCGCGCAUGAUCGAGGACCAGAACCAUCCCACGAAAGGCGGCGUCCAACUCUCCAGAAAGAAGAUUAUGGGAACAUUCAUGGCAGAGUUAGAAAAGAUCAGACCGCGAUGGGGUUGCAUCCCAAAAAUGGUGGCAACACUCAAGAACCUUGAUUGA